AUGUGGAUUGUGGUCGGUAUUGAUGCUCCGGAUCUUAAUUCCCUCGAAGUUGGUUGGCAGGUGUAUCCAAGAUUGUACGGUGACGAUAACCCCCGUCUCUUUAUUUUAUGGACCGCUGAUCGUUACAAAACAGGCUGCUACAACCACCUGUGUUCCGGCUUUGUCCAAACCAACCAAGCGAUCGGUAUUGGUGCUACCUUUGACCGAGUUUCAACCUACGAUGGCGAACAAUUUAUGGUCACACUACUUAUAAUGAAGGAUCCCCAGAGUGGAGAUUGGUGGCUCAUUGUGAAUGAUGUGAGUGUCGGGUACUGGCCGAAAUCAAUCUUGUCACAUCUAAAGGGCUCUGCAUCGGCCGUCGAUUGGGGAGGUGAGAUCUUGAAUUAUAAAGUAGGCGGCCGACACACGAACACCGACAUGGGAAGCGGCCACUUCGCGGAGGAAGGGUUCAAGAAGUCGUGCAACAUGGACCACAUUUCCAUAGUCGACGAACAUCACGUCAAGAGGGAUGCCGAGAUCGUUCAAGCCGACAUGGAUAAUGCGAAAUGUUACAAUUUAGCUCAUGGGAGUAACGAUCCUAACUGGAGAACUUACAUCUACUUUGGCGGUCCAGGUCAAAACCCUGGCUGUCCGUGA